AUGAACGGGGAAUUUGUGAGAAAGAUCCCCACCAAAAUUUACUUCGUGUCGGCGUUUUUGUUAGUGGUUACUAUGGGUUGUUCUAAUAAAAGUUUGAAGUAUCUGAACUACCCAACCCAAGUGAUCUUCAAGCGCUGCAAGCUCAUUCCUGCCAUGAUUGGAGGUAUUUUAUUGCAGAAAAAGACGAUAUGCCACAUCACUGGAUAUGCCACAGGCGCGCGAUCCGAUCUGGUCGUCGACAUUAAGCACAGAGGCCAUUCAAGGACACUCAUAGGCCAACAGAUUCUCAACCAGGAGAACGAACCAGUGAUCCCCAUGUUUCUACUCUGUGCUGGUCUCGUGUGGUUUUCUCUAGCGGAUAGUACCGUCCAGCCUAAUUUCGACGUCACCGGAAUUAUUAUUAUAUCAUGCACUCUCACAGCCGAUGCCUUCAUAGGGAAUGUGGGGAAAAAGGAAAAAGAGCCGCAAGAACUCUACAUGAAGAAGUACAGCACCGGCAACACAGAAAUCGUUUUCUACUCAUUUCUUAUCGGAACUGUCUACAUACUCUUCACUGUGCUUUUUAAGGAACCACUCUGGAAGCCUUGCCAGGUGGCGUUAAUAAAAAGACCCUCGCUUUUAGAUACCCACACAUUAUUUAAAGCCUUCCUCUUUUCACUUACUGGUUAUUGCGGGGUUCAUUUAGUUUUGGAUUUAAUUGUAACAUACGGAGCGCUUCUUGCAGUCACAGUUACUAUAUGCAGAAAAGCAGUCAGUAUUAUCAUCUCGUUUCUGGUUUUUGCCAAACUCUUCACAGUACAUCACGUGUGCGCUGGGGGAGUUACUUUCUUUGGUAUUUCCUGA